GACAUUGGGUUGUGUUAUAGAAACGACUUGUUCAGCAGCUAAGAAAGGAGCUGGAAGCAAAUUCAACCAACAGUACACUCAAUGCGAAGAGCAUGGCCCUGUCCCUGGGAAUCAGUAGCAGCUCGAAGAGCCGGGAGAGGCUUCCCUGCACGCCUGUACGCCCUUCUUCAGUGUCAUCCACCUCCUCCUCAACAACGUCUGAAGACUCGGAGGACUCGCAGAGGGAGCGUGAUGAAGUAGUGGCCAAGUGCUGCAGUGGUAUGGAGGGAGACCCCAGCCUGGCCAUGAAGUUGCAGUUCAUGAGUGCAGUUGGUUUGGUGACCCGAGAGGUUCUGUCUGAAUUACAGAACCGCCGAGUGGAGAGGAAGAGGCGUAGCACUGCAAACCACACACAGUUUGUGUAUGGGAGUUUCUGGGAAAUAUCAAAGCGAAAGAAGAACAGCUACCUCACAUCGGGGGUACCACCCCCGACACGCCAGCUGACCCGCAGUUUGAGGGCUGAGCCCCAUCGUGAGGAGAAACCUCCACUGCCUUCAGUACAGGAGAGUACAGCUGGUCCCCAGCAGAGGACAGCAUUGCCACAGACGACUGCAGCAGGAUCACUGUCACUUCGAAUUCCAGGGUUGCCAGCCUCACUCACAAUAGAGAGGAUACAGAGAGCUGUGUGUGUGAUGUGCAGGAAGCCAGGUAACUUGAAUGUAUGCAGUGGCUGCAGUGCACAGUACCACAUGGGCUGUGCAGCGGAUGGUGACCAAUGUCCACAGUGCAGUGUUAAGCAGAUCAGCUCCAUCAGCAGCCUGAAGGAGCGAGAGGCAGAGAAGCAGAAGCUGGCAAGUCAUAACAGUGAGCUCAACUUUGAGAAGGAUGCACUGGAGAAGAGGGCUGCUGAGCUCACUGCUGCUCUUGCGGCUCAAACUGCAAGCCAGAAGGAACUUUUGAAAUCAGAAGAAACAACCAGGAAGUCAAUUCAGCGACUGCAUGACUUUGUGACUUUAAUCAAGUCAGCUCCGUCACCUCCACCCCCAUCUUGAGACUUACUGUAAUGUUGCACUGCCACUCUUUUAUACUUUUAUAAAAUAUUGUAAGUGCUUGGGUGUCUCUCACCAGAAUGCAUCAUCAGUUUGUAUGGGAUCAGCACAUCUAUGCAGAAUUGGUUAUGUGAUUUGUAAAAAAAUUUCUCUUUGCUGCUUUUAGUGGAAUAAUGAGUUUUGAACUUCCUUUAUCUUGGGCUGAAUUCACUGGAACUUCCUGAAGUCCGCAUAAUUUUUUCUACAAAUAGUUUGCAGUGGACUUGAGUAUGCCUCAUAUUUAGGACUGGCAGAGACUGGAUUUCGCAACCAGAUGGUGCAUGAAUCUUGACAGCUGCUGUGGAUGGAAUAACUGACAUAAUUGUAGAGAUGUUUAUUGGAUGUUUCUUGUUCAUGGGUAUGAGAAUGGAAGUCCUGGCAGCAAUUUUAGAUGUGUACUUUAUUUUAAAUGCAUCCAUGUGAUAAGAGAAGUGUGUCAGAUUUGUAAAUGAAGCAUCAUGAAAAUAACAUAUUUUUGUUAGUAUCUUAUACUUUUAGAAUGUAACCACAGCAAUUUUUCAUUUUCAUGCUGGGCAGUCGGUAUAGCGACUGGCUAUGGGCUGGACAAGGGAGGGGUUGGAGUUCAGGUCCCGGUAGGGUCAAGAAUUUUCUCUUCUCGUCAUCCAGACUGGGUCUGCGGCCCACUGAGCCUCCUGUCCAAUGGGUAAUGGGGACUCUUUCCCCAGGAGUAAAGUGGCUGGGGUGUGAAGUUGACCACUCGCC